UUCCCAGCAUCCGAAAACAAACAACAGUUGAAUUUCCUUUCUAUCGAUCUUCUCUCACUCGCAAAAAAAUCACAAGCGAGAGAGCAGGAGAAAGGGAUUGCAUGCAUGUAUAUAUUAUAUUUCAGUUUACUCCUCUUAUUUCUCAAUUUCAUUGUUUACAGCUCUGAAUCUCGAAAUCCUUUCUCCAAUCCGCAUUUCCGAGAUAGAGUUCGAGAUUUGAAGAAAGAGUGAUAUUUAGUUGGUGUAUUUUACUGUGUUUGGCUACGGGUGAGCAUUCAUUAUUUUUGCUCAGAAUGCGGUAAGGGAAGUGGUGCUUAGUAAGCAUUUUCAUAAUGGCGGAAGCGGAAGCUCUACUUGAGGCUUCAGGAUCUAGAUUUAGUGAUUUGGAGCUCAUCGGAAGAGGUUCCUUUGGGGAUGUUUAUAAAGGGUAUGAUAAGGAACUCAAGAGGGAUGUUGCCAUCAAGGCCAUUGAUUUGGAAGAAUCGGAGGAUGAGAUAGAGGACAUCCAGAAGGAAAUUGCGGUCCUUUCAGAAUGCCGAUCUCCAUAUAUCACCGAGUAUUAUUGUUCUUAUUUGCACCAAACAAAGCUGUGGAUAGUCAUGGAAUACAUGGCUGGUGGUUCUGUUGCUGAUCUGAUUCAACCAAACCUGCCGCUUGAUGAAGUUUCAAUAGCUUGGAUUUUACGUGACUUACUCCAUGCAAUUGAGUAUCUUCACAGUGAGGGGAAAAUUCAUCGAGAUAUUAAAGCGGCAAACGUUCUAUUGACAGAGAGUGGAGACGUUAAGGUAGCAGAUUUCGGAGUUUCUGCUCAAUUGACAAGGACAAUUUCAAGGAGAAAGACUUUUGUAGGAACGCCAUUUUGGAUGGCUCCAGAGGUUAUUCAAAACUCUGAAGGUUAUAAUGAGAAGGCAGAUAUAUGGUCUCUGGGGAUAACUGCAAUUGAGAUGGCAAAGGGUGAACCUCCACUUGCUGACCUCCACCCUAUGAGAGUGCUUUUCAUCAUUCCUCGAGAAAAUCCACCACAGCUAGAUGAGCAUUUCUCUCGUCCCUUGAAAGAAUUUGUUUCUCUCUGUUUGAAGAAGAAUCCUGCAGAGAGGUCCAGUGCAAAGGAACUCCUUAAGCAUCGUUUUAUUAGAACUGCUAGAAAGAGUCCAAGGCUUCUGGAGAGAAUCAGAGAGCGGCCCAAGUUUCAAAUUGACGGUGAGAAUGAAAAUGGCGCAACACCCUUGGGAGAAGCUUCUGGAACUGUAAAAGUGAAUAGAGAGUCUGGACAUGGUGAUACAGUUCGAGUCAGUAGUCAGGCAACGGGUCUGAGAAAUGCCGGAUGGGACUUCAGUAUUGGUGCAUCAGGUAGCACGGGAACUGUUCGAAGUGUUGUAAGACCGCCUCAGGUGAGAGAAAGAAAGCCGGAAGUGCCAUUAAAUCAAUCUACUCCUAAAAAAACCUUAGAUGCUAGUAACCAGCAGUCUUCUGCUUCUGGAAUCAUGCUUCAUACUGCCUCAGAGCUCUCCACAAGGUCACAGACCAAUGAUCCAGCCAAUCAAGGAAAUUAUCUUGAAGAUGAUGAUGCAAGUGGGACAGGAACUGUCAUUGUUCGAUCUCCAAGAGGAGUUCCACGAUCCUCUCAGUUCAGCAGCCAAAGUUCAACUUCUAGCAGCAAAUAUACAUCCGCUGAAGAUUCUUCGAUCAGUGGUACUGUUGUUUAUCGUGGACAGCAUGAAGAUUCAGAGUCUCCGAGAACUCCAAAGUCUAGGCUUGGGCUUCAAGAGAGAACUUUUAGUGCAGCUCUUGAAGACAGUGAAACCAAUCUUGCCGAGGCUAAGGCUGCUAUUCACGGAGGCAGAAAAGGAAGGGAUAGGUCUGCAUUGAGCAAGGGGAACAGAGAUUUGCAAGAGAGCAGAAGGAUAGAGCCGGACUACACAACGACAAGUUUUGACUCAUCAAGCCAAUCCAGAUAUUCUCAUGAUUAUCUUGAUGCUCAGAAGGCAUUUUUAAGAUCCCCGCACUCAACUGAGAAUGCGGACAAUGCAAGAAGUUCCGUAGCAGCUUUGUCUGCCCCUUUAUCAGUGCUCCUGAUCCCUUCACUUAAAGAUGCAAUUGUCGAUGAUCCAGGAGGUUCAAUCUUUCAGAAAGUCACUAAUGCUUUAAUGGAUAUGGAGAAUGUUAGGCCUGGGUCUUCUGAACUAUUUGUCACCAAGUUGCUUCAGCAAUUGGCAAGUUCGAAGGAAGGUUCUGUGCAAGACCUCCGGGAUCUUGCAGCUCAGAUCUUUGCGAAGGGCAAGGUAGAAAUGCAGGCAACAAAUGCAGAAGCUGACAACAAAAAGAAGCAAGUGAACAAGGAGCUUAAUUCAAAUGCCAAUAUGAGCCCACUUGCACGGUUCUUGCUCUCCAGAUGGCAAGGCUUUGCUUCCCGUGAUUUGAAUUCUUGAAAAUUGAGGUCAGAUGAUAGUAUCUUGUUUUUGGUGAAUGUCUUUUAGUUUGUAGUUAAUGAGUGAAUGCACUAUUUAUAGCUUUUCAUAUUGAUCUGAAAUUUUCAUGAUUACCAUAUUGUUUUCGUGUUCUUCUGUUAUGCAAAAGGUUUCCAGUUCGCUUGUGGUAAAGAGAGAUGGGGCAAUAUUGUAUUUGGCAAGGUUAACAUUAGUCAUGUACUAUGAUUUUUGUACAAUUUCUAAGACUACAAGUUUUUGCUUAAAUGAAGCAACUUGGUUAUUCUAUCA